AUGGCUAAUUAUUCAGAGAUAAAAAGAAUAAUUAUCAACAGACGAAGCUGUAAAUUCUAUAUAUACGUUGUGUCUGUGUUGAGUACGAUAUUCAUCACACUACAUUUAUCCAACAACUAUUUAACCGAUGCUACCAAUACUCCAUCCUAUAGACAAAAUUUAAAUAACCUGGACAACUUUAAAUUGCAGCUUUCAUAUUUUAAUCAGCACGAAGUCAAGGAAGAACCGGUAUCUCCAAUCGAUCUAAUACCAAAAUACAAUACUAUUAAUAAGAGCAGUUAUAAUGGCAGGAGUUUCGUUCAGCGAGUAAUUGACACUAUAAAAGGCAAUUCAUAUAAAGAUUUCAGCCAGCUAGAUUUACAAACUAAAUGUCUCCUGUACUACAGAAAUCUUUAUGCAAUGAAUGAAAACUGGUCAAAUAGCUUAGAGCAAUUCUCUUUAAAUAUUAAUGACAUUAAUGACAAGACUUUAAAAGCAAUGAAGGAGAAAUUUGGCGAUGAUUAUGAUAAUGUAGAAGUUGUCAAGAGUCACAAGAAAAAAAAUGACCUAGCAUUAGGGUUUGAAAGAAUUAGACUUUAUGACAAAUGUUUCUUGGGUCCAGAAUCAGUUAUCAAAGCGCAAGAUGUUUUUAAUAAGAAUAUCGAUACCAAAAAUUACAUUGUCCCCCCACGUAAUUUGGCAGAAACCAAGAGUACAGAUGAACAGAAAGAAAAAGAGAAUGAUCCAUUUUAUACCUACUUAAAGUAUGAUCAGUAUGAUUUAGACCACAGGAUGUUCCCGUUUAUUAAAAAAUUCAAUGCAGAAACAUUCAAAGAUUUAUUACCAAGGAUAACAAAUGGUAAAGUAAAGGAUAAAUAUCUGGAUCUAGGUGUACUUCCUGUUUUAGACAAGCACGGUAAAUUAUCUAAAUAUGUAACUUACCAUUACGAUCCGGAAAAAACUUUCUGGGGUAAUUGGAAUGCAAUGAGUUCGAUAGUUAGUAAAAGAGGGAUUGUCUUAUCGUUCAGCGAUAAACACGUUGAUACUUUCUUGAGGUUGCUUACCACUUUAAGAUUUCAACAAAACGAUUUACCAAUACAGGUUAUACAUGUAGGUGAUGACUUAUCAGAAGAGUCGAAGCAUAUGAUUUAUAGAGUUGCAACAAGCCAAUAUGUAAGUGUUCCAGUUGUUGAUUCUAAAAGUAAAAAAAUCAAGCAGGUGUCGAAUCUUCCUGCUCAGCAGAUUUGGUUUGUCAAUGUAUCGAAUGUAUUAGACCCAGCUUUUAUGAAAAAAUUUGAUAGGUUUAAAAAUAAGUGGCUUGCCGAAAUGUUGAAUUUAUUUGAGGAGUUUAUUUUUCUGGACACAGAUGCUAUCUCUUACAUUCAUAUGAGUGAAUAUUUCGAGUUCCCUGAGUACAAAGAUACUGGAACUUUAUUCUUCAAGGACAGAACUUUAGAAGAUUAUAAUAAAAAAUCAUGUACUGCUGCCUUUAGGACUCUACCUCCAAAAAUGUUAGAAACUAUAAAUUUUGGAAAUUUUCCGGUCAUAGAUGAUAGUUAUGUGGCAGAAGAGUGUAAUAAAUAUUUGACAGUUGAGGAAAAAAUUUACAAACAUUACUUUUUUGAUAAUUGGUUACAUCAAAUGGAAUCUGGUUUAAUAGUGAUUAAUAAAUCAAGACAUAUUAUGCCAAUAGUUAUUUCUACCAUGCUACACAUGACUGGUCAACUGAAUUCAUGUAGUUAUGGAGAUAAAGAAUUUCUUUGGUUAGGUUUUUUAAUAUCAGGUACACCAUAUAGAUUUCAUGACGUUAAUGCUGGUGCAAUGGGUGAUGUUCUGACAGAAAAAGAUAAUCUCGAGCAUAUUGAACAGAGAAUUUGUGUGAUUCAGAUUUCUCAUUUUAACAAAGACAAUCAUCUACUUUGGGUAAAUGGUGGUGCUCGUAAUUGUAAAUUUGAAGAUGAUGCAAAAAAGAUUGGGAGAAUGAUAAAUUUAAAUUUUUUGAGGGAAGGUCACAAAUCAUUUGAAGAAUUCAAAGAAUAUUAUGUAAACUCUCCAAUUAGUGCGCAGCAUGGCAUAAUCCCUGGGGAUAAUCCUGGAACGUGGAAUAAGCUUGGGGAACAUUGUAGGGGGUACAAUCAUUGUGCAAAAUUUGAAUCCAAGUUAACACCGUUUAGUUUCGACGACAGGAAGAAUAUCGGAAAAAUAUUUAAGUUCAGCCCAUCUCAUUCUAACCAUAUCAAUGUUAUAAAUACCAUUUGGACAAAUUUUAAUUACAGUCCAGACAUGGAAAAAUCUUAA